CUCAUAUUUGUGUACCUAUGUUUCUUCAUACGGUCCAACCAGCUAUAAAUAUCACAUUACUAUAACUUUCUUUUUAACCAAAAACUGCAAAAAAACACAUAACACCACUCUCAAGUCUCAACCUCCCUCUCUAUGGAGUACAGUACUCUUUACAACCCUAAUUUCAAGUCCUCUUCUUGUUCUUCGACAAGGACUACUAAAAAUACUAGAAAUGGUAAGAAAAAAGGUGGUAACAACAACAACAACGACGACAACACCAAGAAGCGCGAGGUGAGGCUAUCGACCGACCCACAAAGCAUAGCGGCGAGAGAAAGAAGGCAUAGAAUAAGCAACCGGUUCAAGAUGUUACAGAGUUUAGUCCCUGGUGGUGCUAAGCUUGACACCGUCUCCAUGUUGGAACAAGCCAUUCAAUAUGUCAAGUUCUUACAAGCUCAAAUUUGUUUUCAUGAAGCCCUCAUAAAAAACAACACCACCACUACCAACAACAACAACAACAACAACAACAACAACAACAACAACAACGACAACGACAACGACGGUGUUAAAAGUUGCACUAAUAUUAAUACUAGUGCUAGUACUAAUGUUAAUGUUGAUGAUGAUGCAUACUACUACGACGACAACCAAUAUUAUUAUGCAUUAAUGUACGAUUGUAACAAUUAUAUAAACCAACUAGAAGGUGGUGGUGCGGCUAGUGGCGCCGUUGGUGGUAGCAAAGGCGGAUUCAAUGGCGGCUUUUGCAACCUUCAAGAGAUGAACAUGGCGCCGGCAACCCCGAGCCCGGAAGCUGCAAACUACGAAUUAGCAGCACAAAUUCAAGAUGGUUGGAAUUAUUACCAGGAAAUUGAUUAUAAGAGGCCUCAUCUUAACUAUUAUUAGUGAAUAAUUAUUGAUUGAUUAGAGUAAGUAAGUUCUAGCUACUAGAAAACCUGAUGGUGCACCCUGCAUGUGAUGUGUCUGUACUUCUAUUUUAUCUUUUGCUAUUUACAUGUCUCUUCAAUUUCUCAAAAUUGUUGACCAAAUGUAUUCGUAUGAUGCUACUCCGUACUCCAUUAUAUUACGAAAUUGUACUCUAAGUAUGUUGCGGAGUACGUACUUAUGUAUGAAUAUUAGUUUCAUUAGUGAAGUGUUAAUGUGAUUAUUUCAAUUUUAUUAUUUUUCAAUUUAUCAGA